AACGAGCAAAGGAGAGUUGUGUUGGCGGGUUGCCCGGCUGCAUGGGCCAGUGGCGCGGCGCUGUGCUGCUUGUGGGCUUCAUCCUAUGUGCAAGCAGACGCUCUUCGCGCGAGUGGGGCUUCCUCGCCAAGGUGGCGAGGUCUUGUUCUUGGAUUGCGAUGACUGCCUUUAUCAAAAUAACUGGACUACAGCCGAUAAGCUGACGGAAAGCAUUGCUCACUACACUGCACGUCUUGGUGUGAGCGAGAAGAAGGCCUAUGAUUUGUAUCAGGAGUAUGGCACAGCCCUAAAGGGGCUCCUGGCUGAGAAGAUCCUGGACAGGGAGGGCGCGGAAGUGUACUUGCAAGAAGUGCACAAGAUCGACCUUUCUGACAUCGCUGCGGACCCGCGGCUGGCGCAGAUGCUGCGCAGUCUGAGGUGCCCCACCUGGAUCUUCACCGCCUCGACGAGGGAGCAUGUGAAGAGAUGCAUCCGGCAGCUCGGGUUGCCCCAGUUCGAGGUCAUCGACACCAGGGCCUGCAGGCUGGAGACGAAGCACAGCCCCAGCAGCUUCCAGGUCGCCAUGAAGGAAGCAGGUGUGCAUCGGCCUGAGUGCUGUAUCCUCUGCGACGACAGCGUGAAGAACAUCCGGGCCGCCAAAGCCAUGGACUGGCGCACGGUGCUGGUGGGCCUCCGCUGCCGCGAGAGACGGAAGGAGAUCUGCUGCGAGGAAGCGGACUUCCACAUCCGCACUAUCCACCAGCUGCCGGCUGUGAUGCCGGAGCUGUUUCUUUGGGAGUCGGAGGCCAGCGACGGGGCAGGCCUGGCGGCCCUGUGGAUGACCUCCUCUCAGAUCCUAGGCAUGCUGGGGGCCUUUUCUCCCUGCCGAGGUUUCAGCCAAGCUCGGCUGGCAGAGAGCAGACUCUACAGCAAGAAGUGCUUCUUGCCCGUGCCCAUUGAGCUGCUGCUGCUGAGCACCGGCUGUCAGAUCGCAGGUGGCCCAACUCCGGCGCUGUGGGCCUGUGGCUGCUGCUUCUGCUGCACAGCGCUGGCGCUGGCGCUCCAAGGAUACGCCUGGAGUGCCUGGAGCUGCCAGCUGCUGCUGCGGCCCUGGUGGGACCCGGAGGGCUGCCCGGUGCCGGGGGCGCCCCUGGCCUCCGCGCUGCUGGCGGGGAGCCUCUGCUCCUGGCUGCCCUUGCGGCGCCUGAGCCGCCCCAAGUGGCUGCUGGCGGUGUGGGUCUCAGCUGCGGCGCCGCAGCUUUGGGCGGCGACCCGCCAGGUGGAUUCCACCUGGCUGUGGCCGGCCGCGCUUUUGGUGGAUCUUCUGCUGGGCGUGGGGGCCCGGCCAAAAGGCGCUUGUGUCUCCACUGCAGCCGAGAAGCAAUCACCAAGCUGGCGGGCAGGCGCUCUGGCAGACCUGCUGGCUCUGGCGCUGGUGGUUGUGCUGCUCGCGGAGCCGCCGGUCCCAGAGCCGCCUGGAGAACAUGGCGGGGCCUGA